AUGCCGCCAAAGAAGAAGGGCAACAAGAAAGCCCAGGACGACUGGGAAGCUGAUCUGGGCGAAACCAUUCCAUCCGCGAACGCUGCCGAGCCAAACGACACUGCUGCCGACGCAAAUGCUGAUGCUGAUGCCAGCGGUGAUGAUGUCUCCGGCGGAGGUGGGUUGAUGGCCAUGCUACGAAAGAACAAGGAGAAGCGAAAGAAGAAGGGCCUAGCAGACGACGACCUCGUUCAUGCCGAAGAACCCGUCGGUGCCGACCCGGCGGAGCUCAACAACAAGGCGCCACAAGAGGCCACCUUGGAGGAUGAGUUUGCUUUGCCUGAAAAGAAGGGUAAAGGUGCCAAGGCAAAGCCAGCGAUGAAGAAGGGUGAUGACGAUGACGAUAUCGACAGCGGCAGCGGCAGGAUCCUCACCAAAGCCGAAAAGGAAAAGUUGAAAAAGGAGCGCGAGAAGCAGCGUAAGAAGGAACAAGCUGCUAAGAAGAAGACUACUGCUCCCGAGAAGGCUGCAGAGCCGACCAAACCGGCAGCAGCUCCGGCUAAAGAUGCCGCCGCCGCCCCAGCUACCCCGGCACCGGCCACUGUUGGGGAAACGGGAGGCAAAAAGAAGAAGAUCCCUGCUCAUCUUGCCUUGCUGCAGAAGCAGCAGGAAGAAUUGAGAAAGAGGAGAGAGGAUGACGAGCGUUUGCACGCCGAGGCUAAAGCUCGUGCUGAGGAGGAAGAAAGGCUUGCCGAGGAAGAGAUCAAGCGAAGAGAAGAAGCAAAGGCCCUCAAGAAACAAAAAGAAAAGGAGAGGAUUGAGCAGCUGAAGAAGGAGGGCAAGUUCCUCACAAAGGCUCAGAAAGAAGAAAAGGCUCGAAAUGAGCGAAAACUCCAGCAAAUGCUAGCCGCAGGCAUCAAGGUUGGGCCCCAAGACGCAACUGAUGAGCCAAAAAAGAAGGUAGUCUAUGACAGCAAGAAGAAGAAGCCCAGAAACGACAAGAUCGACGAAGAAGCAACUCUUGCGGAAGCUGCGGAGAGGGCCCGGCUGCAAGCUGAGAAAGCGCUCAAGGAAGCAGAGGAAAAGGCUGCUCGUAAGAAGGCUGAGGCAGAGGCCAAGGCUGCCGCAGAGAAGGCUGCCGCAGAAAGCGAUAUUGAAGAUGACUGGGAAGCUGCUGCUGCUGCCUCAGAGGACGAUGUUAAGGAUAACUGGGAUGCAGACUCUGAGGAAGAAAAACAUGCCGCUCCUGCCAAGGCAAAUGGCAAAGAUGACGAAGCAGUCGACGAUGAGGACGAUGAAGAUCAGUCCGAAUCUGAAGAUGAAGAAAUUUCAGCGGCUCGACAAGCGGAUAUGCAGCGCAAGAAGGAAGCUGCUGAGAGAAGGGAAAAGGCCCAUCAAGCUGCCCUGGCAGCCCGAUCCAAGGACAACCUGCGGUCUCCCAUUUGCUGUAUUUUGGGACAUGUCGACACCGGAAAAACCAAAUUGCUCGACAAAAUACGACAAACCAAUGUCCAGGAAGGCGAGGCUGGUGGAAUUACCCAGCAGAUUGGUGCUACCUACUUCCCGGUUGAUGCCAUUAAGCAGAAGACUGCCGUAGUCAACCCAAACAACGAGUUCGAGUUCAAGGUACCCGGUCUGCUGGUCAUCGACACGCCUGGCCACGAAUCUUUCUCCAACUUGCGGUCCCGUGGUUCAUCUCUUUGCAAUAUUGCCAUCCUAGUGGUGGACAUUAUGCACGGGCUGGAGCCUCAGACCCUGGAGUCCAUGCGCCUCCUCCGAGACCGCAAGACCCCUUUCAUUGUCGCCCUCAACAAGAUCGACAGACUUUACGGGUGGAAAAAGGUUGAUAACAACGGUUUCCGCGAAAGUCUGGCUUUGCAAAACAAGGCGGUUUACAGUGAAUUCAGGAAGCGAUUGGACGAGACUAAGCUGGCGUUUGCUGAGCAAGGCUUCAACUCUGAGCUCUUCUACGAGAACAAGUCCAUGUCCAAAUUUGUGUCUUUGGUACCCACUUCUGCUCACACCGGUGAGGGUAUUCCUGAUAUGCUAAAAUUGAUCGUGCAGCUCACUCAAGAGCGCAUGGUUGGCUCACUCAUGUAUCUUUCUGAGGUUCAGGCCACUGUUCUUGAAGUCAAGGCUAUCGAGGGCUUUGGCAUGACCAUUGAUGUGAUCUUAUCUAACGGCAUUCUUCGGGAGGGCGACCGAAUAGUAUUGUGCGGCACAGAAGGUGCUAUCAAAACAAAUAUUAGAGCCUUGCUGACACCAGCACCCCUCCGCGAACUGCGCUUGAAGUCACAGUACGUGCACAAUAAGGAAGUUAAGGCUGCCUUGGGCGUCAAGAUCAGUGCUCCUGGGCUUGAAGGCGCCAUUGCUGGCUCUCGACUCAUGGUUGUCGGCCCUGACGAUGACGAAGAAGAUAUCGAGGACGAAGUCGUCGCAGACUUGGCAAGCCUGCUCAGCAGAGUUGAAAAGUCUGGCCGAGGAGUUAGCGUUCAGGCAUCUACCCUUGGUUCCCUGGAAGCCUUGCUGGACUUUUUGAAGGACUGCAAGAUUCCUGUUGCAAACGUUGGAAUCGGGCCCGUUUAUAAACGAGACGUUAUGCAGUGCGGCAUUAUGCUGGAAAAGGCCCCAGACUAUGCUGUUAUGCUUUGCUUUGAUGUCAAGGUGGACAAGGAAGCACAAUCGUAUGCCGAAGAACAAGGCAUCAAGAUCUUCACUGCCGAUAUCAUUUACCACUUGUUUGACUCGUUUACAAAGCACAUGGACCAAAUGCUGGAGAAGAAGAAGGAAGACUCCAAAAUGUUGGCGGUUUUCCCAUGUGUCCUCAAGCCCGUUGCUGUGUUCAACAAGACCAGCCCCAUCGUCAUAGGUGUUGAUGUUGUUGAAGGCCAGCUCAAGAUAAAUACUCCAAUAGCUGCUGUCAAGACUCACCCAGUCACGGGUGCCAAGGAGGUCAUCAAUCUUGGUAGAGUAACCUCAAUCGAGCGAGAGCACAAGCAAAUUCCGGUUUGCAAAAAAGGUCAGCCAUCCGUUGCGCUGAAGGUCGAAAUGGGGGGUCAUCAACCCACUUAUGGCCGCCAGCUUGAGGAAGGCGACACUCUGUACAGUCUGAUCUCUCGAGCUAGUAUUGACUGCCUGAAGGAGUUCUACCGCAAAGAUGUGACCACCGAUGAGUGGCAACUGAUCAUUAAGUUGAAGCCACUCUUCGACAUCAACUAA